UUUAGCCUCUCAGUGGACAGGCCAUGCCGCCAAUGGAGCUGCGCAAGGGCUCUUCGGACCAAAGCCGCCAAGUGAGUGUGCUCACGUACCCCGAGUGGGGUGCGCCGACCGUAUCCUUUGACGAGUACCGCGAGCGUGAAGUGCAAUUCCGCGCCUCCAAGUUUGGCCAAAAGCUCGUCACCGACUAUGUCUUGGUGCCAACGACAGACCCAGACACGCUCGACCUGCGCGGGUACUUGGAGGUCUUUGCGCAGCGCUGCAUUCUCUGGCCGCACACCGCGCCGGCGCCCAUGUUUGCAGAGGCAUUUAGCGUCGCGUCGCUCUUCACGCCGGAGACCCAUCGGCGGCAAGGCUAUGGCGCCAUCACGCUCCAGGCCUUCUUGGUGCGCGAGCAAUUCGACUACAUUGUCUCCAACUUGUACUCGGACAUUGGCACCAAGCUCUAUCAUGCCAACGGGUGGUCGCCGCACCCGUCCGACGAGAUCGUGCUCCCCGCCGACUUUGACGUUUCGCAGACUUCUACCAAAGCAUGCGCCCACGUCGUGGUCUCAGCCAUCGACUCGAUGGCCGCCCUCAACGCCAUCGCCGCCCGUGACCAAGCCGAUAUGACAGCCGGCCUCCAGCCAGGUCAAGUCGGCUUUCUCCUCACGGCCGAGUACAUUGCGUAUUUUCACGCAAAAUACCGGUACUUUGCGACCCACCGUCUCGGGUAUUGCGAUCUUCCGACGUCGUACGGGCUCUGCGUGCGCGACGCUGCAACAAACGCGCUGCGCGGGUAUGUGCUCUGGGCCCACAAUUUCGAAGACGACCAGCUCGACGUCCUCAAAUACCGCGCCAUCGGCGGCGAUGCUUUUGCACUCAUUUUGCCGCAUUUGCUGUCGGAAGCGAGGCAGUGGAAGUUGGCGUCCGUCGGUCUCUGGCCGACGCCUGCGAUGGAGCUGCCAUUCGAAAUCGCGCGCCGUCGGACGCCCCGAAGCGACUCGUUGAGCAUGCUCCUCGUCCAAGCAGGCGCAGGUCGGGCUCCCGUGACCGGUCUCGAGUGGGUCGCCAAUGAAAAGUACCUCUACGCCUAACCCUAGAGGUCGUUGUUGGAAUAAAAAUGUUUUACAGGCA